GAAUGGUUUACUUCCAGCAUCUCUCUGCUUUUGUUACCGUGUCCUCCUUCCCUUUGCUGAAGCAGAGAAUACCUGGAGAAUGGAGAUUCCAGAUCUCGGCCUGCAAGUCAACAUGUGACCCUUUUGGGCUCAGUAUUUGUUUUGAUUUUUGAAAUUUGACCGCAUCCAAAUACAUUUCUCAAAAUUAACGCUUACUGGGGGGAAAAAAGCUAACAGCUUUCUUCUUCUUCUUUUCUUCACCUGAGAAAGGAGGAGCAAAUAUGCUUCUCUGUCGCAAAUAGGAGCAAUUCUGGUGAGGAUCUAUGAUUACCAGACAUUUCAUGAGGAGGGUUAAGAGUUUUGCGAUACGAACCCGAUUUACGCGCCAUAUCAACCGCAAAAUGAGAGAAAAAUGAAGGGAAAAAUAAGGAUGAACCGUGCAUCUUCUCUCACAUGCGGAGAAUGUCAUGUCUUUGUUCAGUUCUUUCUAAAUAAAGCCCGGUUGAAAAUGCAUAAACUUGUAGAUAAUCGCUCUGUUUUUGCUCCAUUCUUUCUAAAAAGAAUAUCAAAGACUAUAGAAUAGAGCAUACAACCUUGUCGAGCUAUAAUAUUGGCAUUGUUCUUUUUUGUUUUUCCUUCCCCGACUUGAAAACUCUCGCGGAUUCUUCUUCUUCAGAGGUUCUAUCAAUGGCAUAAUUUUCCUUCCAGCUAGAAAUGACUUGGGAUUAUACUUAAUUGGAGAGGUAAAUUUAGUGAAACGUCAAUGUCGUCAAUAAUCAUAGGCCGUAGGAUUAGGGCUUGGCCAAUAAUGGUGCAUGGUGAUCCCACAUUGUUGUCUACCACCUGGACACCUUAGGUGUCCAACAUUGCAGAGAUUCCGGAACGAACCAAUCAAUAGUGAACGCUCUUCGGACAGAGAAAUUGAGAAGUUGAAGAGAGUGUAAGAGACAGAACACAUGUGAGCGUUUCUUUGUAAGAGGUCUUCUUUGGGCCGAGUCUCAAGGCUUCAUUGUUUCAACUGUCCAAAUUGUGACACACACACACACACAGAGGAAAGGGGAAAGGAUCUUUGAAGAAAAGGUCGGUACAGGGAGGGCUUCGGAAAUGGAGGACAUUCGGGUGGAGAAGGGGAAGGAGGAGGAGGUGGGACCCAUGGUUGGGGAUGAAGAGGAAGGAGAGGCAGGCUCGAGCUUGACUAUGGAGAGGGUGGCUGUCGCCAAGAAGUUCAUCGAGAACCAUUACAGAGCUCAGAUGAAGCUCAUACAAGAUCGCAAAGAGAGGCGUUCAGUGCUGGAAAAGAAGUUAGCAUCUUCUCAUGUACCAGAAGAAGAACAGAUGUAUCAACUGAAGGAUUUAGAGCGCAAGGAGACUGAGUAUAUAAGGUUAAAACGACACAAAAUAUGUGUCAAUGAUUUUGACCUUCUAGAUAUUAUUGGGAGGGGAGCCUUUGGAGAGGUAAGGCUUUGUCGCGAGAAGAAAUCUGGCGAUAUUUUUGCCAUGAAAAAGUUGAAAAAGUCUGAAAUGCUCAGCAGGGGACAGGUUGAACAUGUUAGAGCUGAGCGGAACUUACUGGCGGAAGUUGCAAGUCAUUGCAUUGUGAAACUCUAUUACUCAUUUCAGGAUGCUGAAUACUUAUAUCUGAUAAUGGAAUAUUUACCCGGUGGUGAUCUAAUGACUUUGCUGAUUCGAGAAGAAACUUUGACUGAAAGUGUGGCUAGAUUUUACGUUGCUCAAAGUGUUUUGGCCAUAGAAUCUAUUCACAAACACAAUUACAUUCAUCGUGAUAUAAAACCUGACAACCUUCUGUUGGACAAAAAUGGUCAUAUGAAACUCUCUGAUUUUGGUCUUUGCAAGCCACUUGAUUGCACAAAUUUAUCAUCAAUAAAUGAAGGUGAAGUUUUAGAUGAUGAGAACUUGAGUGAUACCAUGGACAUUGAUGGAUCCUUACCAAAUUCUAGAUGUGGAAGGCGCUGGAAAAGUCCCCUUGAACAACUUCAGCAUUGGCAGAUAAACAGGAGGAAGUUGGCAUUUUCCACGGUUGGAACUCCAGACUAUAUUGCUCCUGAAGUGUUGCUUAAAAAGGGAUAUGGUGUGGAGUGUGACUGGUGGUCUCUUGGUGCUAUAAUGUAUGAGAUGCUUGUUGGUUAUCCCCCAUUUUACUCCGAUGACCCAGUUACAACGUGUAGAAAGAUUGUACAUUGGAAACAUCAUUUAAAAUUUCCAGAGGAGGCAAGAUUGACACCUGAGGCAAUGAAUCUAAUUUGUAGGUUGCUUUGUGAUGCUGACCUAAGACUUGGUACUAGAGGAGCUGAUGAAAUUAAAGCACAUCCUUGGUUCAAAGAUGUUUUAUGGGAUAAACUCUAUGAAAUGGAAGCCGCAUUCAAACCACAAGUCAAUGGAGAGCUUGACACACAGAAUUUUAUGAAAUUUGAUGAGGUUGAACAACCAAAACCAACAAGAACAGGAUCUGGUCCCGUCAGGAAGAUGCUAUUGACUCCUCAAGAUCUUAGCUUUGUUGGUUAUACAUAUAAGAAUUUUGACGCUGUCAAGGGUAUGCAUCAUACUAUGGAUAAGGGGAUGAGGAGCAUGUCAUCACCUAUUCCACCAGUCACUGACUCUUCACAGAGUGAUGCUGGAAUAGACUAUGCUUCUGGAUUCUCAAGCCGGUAGUGUUCUUUGACGGUCGCAUCCUAUGGGAAUGCUGCUUUAAGGUGAAGAGCGACGGGACUUCUUGCCAUGGAUAGAAAUUCUUACAUAAGGAAUGGAUACCAAAACCUUCUAUUGUCAUGUUGGGUUGGCCAGCUUAGUUUCCAGCCAGCUUGGCCUGCAUAUGCUAUCAAGUUUAGUUUUGUGGACGACAGGGAUAUCAGUGUGCCUUGCGAUUUGGUUUGACUAGAAGCUCCAGCAAGAGCAAUACAUAAUCUCCAGAAAUAGAACCAAUUAUGAAAGAAAUACGUUUAAUGUACAGCUAGUUGCACAAAUUAGCUUUUGAAAAUUUACAGAAGUGUUUGUUGCAACUGGAAGUUUAAUUUUCUCUUUGCACUUAUCUGACUCUGCAAGAAUUGUAUUGUACUUUAGACAAUUUUUUGGUCUGAUCAACUUUUCAGUGGGACCCAUCUCUAACAUGUUUGUGUA